UGUAAUUGGGGUGUCAAAGAUGUUCCUGCAAUUUGAACCCAUUGAAAUAAUAAUUGGAGCACAACACACCAAAUUAGUUUGGUUUACCAACAGAGGCACCGUCUGUACUUGCUUAUUUUGACACGUACCUUCAUAAUUUAAUUAGCUAUGUUAUAGAUUAGCUGGCUAAUUAGUCCAUAUAUUUUUGGUUUCUUUUGUACGUCUUCCAAGUGGACCUCUCCUUCUUCAUAAUCAUUUGAUCUCAUAUUUCAUUAUAUGAAGGUUAAUUAUUAGUUUGGUGUUUCUUUUACCAACAUAUCUUAAUCGUAUCAUUCUAGAGAUUGUUUGGUAGGAUAUUGUAUUAUAUAGUGUAGUAAUAAUAUUGGACUUUGAGAUUAGUAAUGCAGAAAAAUUUGUUAUGUUAGACAUUGUUUUCGUAUUUAAUAUUUAGUCAAGUAAAUUAAAAAUAACAUAUAUCGCAUAAUUUUUAUAUAAAUAUUUAUUUAUAAAAAUAUCUUACAAUUUGUUGUACACUUUUAAAUACAACUCUUAUAUUGUCAAUACUAUUUAUUAAUUAUACAUAGGAUCAUAUCAAAAGGGUGUAUUUGUCAUAUCAAAUAAGAGAUUAAUAAUACUAAACGAACACAUAUUAGAUGUAUCAUUUCCUCUAAUAUAUACUGCCAAACCAGCUCUAUGUAGGUAAACUUAUCUUUCCACCAAAUUCAUUUUGCUUCUCUUUUUUUUUUUUUUACUUAAUUAGGAAGCCUGUUAACCCACCUUCUAUAUAAACUAUUCUAACAUAUACCCUUCUUUCCAUAUUUUAUAUAAAUUAAUAAAGGUGGGGAGGUACUAGAUAUAUUUCCCAAAAUUCGUGCAGCUAGCCUUCAUAAAACUAGCUAGCUAGUGGUUCAUCUUUAUGAAAUGGAGGUCUUGAGUGGAAAAAAUAUUUGUUCCUGCUUGAAUAAUGGUGAUGUUGUGGAGAAAAUGAAGAGGUUGGGAAGAUUAACAUGUAGAAAUAUUUGGAAAGUAGGGAAAGAAGACAAAAGAAGGGUUAUUCACUCACUUAAAGUUGGAAUCUCCUUGUCAUUGGUCUCCUUGUUAUAUUUAAUGGAGCCAUUGUUCAAAGGCAUUGGAGAAAAUGCUAUUUGGGCUGUCAUGACUGUGGUGGUUGUUCUUGAAUUCACGACAGGGGCAACAUUAUAUAAAGGGCUGAAUAGAGGACUAGGGACACUAUUAGCAGGAUUAUUGGCUUUCUUGAUUGAACGUAUUGCAAAUGAAUCAGGCCACAUAUUUCAUGCUGCUUUCAUUGGGACCGCAGUUUUUCUAGUUGGAGCGGUGACUACAUACAUGAGAUUCUUCUCUCACAUAAAGAAAAAUUAUGAUUAUGGUGUAGUGAUAUUCCUCUUGACGUUCAACUUGAUCACAGUCUCAAGCUAUCGUGUUGAUAGUGUGUUGAAGAUCGCGCAUGAGCGAUUCUACACCAUAGCCAUUGGAUGUGGUAUCUGUCUCCUCAUGAGCCUGUUUAUAUUUCCAAUUUGGUCAGGAGAAGACCUCCAUUUAUCGACUGUUGCCAAGUUCGAUGGCUUAGCAAAAUCAAUUGAAGUUUGCAUUAACGAGUAUUUUAGCGACGAUAAUAUUAAUCAGCAAGAGGGAAAAGUGAGAGAAAAUUCAAUGGAAAUGGAGGAUCCUAUUUAUAAAGGUUACAAGGAUGUGUUAGAUUCCAAAUCAUCUGAUGAAACUUUGGCACUAUAUGCAAGUUGGGAGCCAAGAUAUUUAAAAAGUAGUUCCUGGCAGCAAUAUGUUAAAUUAGGGACUGUUCUUCGCCAUUUUGGAUACACAAUAGUAGCUCUACAUGGAUCCCUGCAAACUGAAAUUAAGACUCCUCAAUCAGUUCGAGUAGUAUUCAAAGAUCCAUGCAUUCGACUUGCCAGAGAAGUGACAACGACACUAAAGGAACUAGGCGAUAGCAUACGAAAUCGUCGUAAAUACUGCCCAGAAAUCCCAUCUAAUCAUGUCAAUGAAGCCUUACAAGACCUCAUCGACGCAUUAAAAUCCCAGCCAAGACUCUUUCUCGGCACAAAUAGUAAUACAAACAUACUAUUAGCCUUAGCCACAUUGGCCACUAGGCAAAAAUCAGGUAAAGAUUUUGUAGCCUCUUUAUCAAGUGUAAAUAAUGACGAUCCUGCUCGUCUUGGACUUAGCCAUGAUAAAAAGAGUUUGAGGCCUACAUUAAGCAAGAUAGGCAUGACUAGCUUGGAAUUUUUGGAGGCCUUACCAUUUGCAGCUUUUGCAUCUUUGUUAGUUGAGAUUGUUGCAAGACUUGAUCUUGUUAUUGAACAAGUAGUGGAAUUGGGAAGAGUUGCGCAAUUUAAGGAAUAUAGUCAUGAUGAUGUGGUUAUUAAUGUAAGUUGUGAUAAUAAUCCUAGAGUGGGAAAUGAGUUCCCCUCCUCCCAUACAGCAACAGAUUGAGUACUCUAGACUUUAGUGGCUACAUUUUUUCAGUAGUCAAAUGAUAUAUAUGCAUUAUUUAGUGAUGAGGGAUACUGUAUACGUAUUUAAUUAUUUUCAUUAUAAAUAAUGAUAUACUACUUACAAUUUUAUA